CGCCCUCACUGACAUGUCAGGGUGUGUGGGAGAGAGAUAUGACGUGGGACAGCUCAGACCUCUCCAUGAUUUCACCGUCUUCUAUUAAAGAUUCAUCUACAACUUGCAUCUUGCCAUCACUGAGCUCCCAAGCCAACUCCACUCACCCUCCCUCCCACCAUGACAGGGGAUGUUGUCCCAGGUCCCCAGCAGGGGGACCCAGCUGCUUCAGCAGCAACCCUUGGGGAGCCCAUGGAUGUGGAGUGUCCCAUCUGCUACCAAGAGUACGACCAGUACAACAAAUGCCCCCGGAUGCUGGAGUGCCUCCAUGUUUUUUGCACUGAGUGCCUCCAGAAGAUCCAACUCUGCCGCUGCGAGCCUCCCGACCCCCACAGCCCACCCGCCAUCCCCUGCCCCCUGUGCCGCCACCUCACCCCCCUUGGAACUGGGGAUUCCCUCUCCUUACCCUGCAACUCCCGCAUCCUGGCCAGGCUGCCCCCCGUGGCCUUCCGCCUGCCUGUGACAAUGGCAACUCGCCUGGCCACAGUCACCCAGAGAGUGGUACUCUCCCUGGGGGGCGACAGCAGGGAAACCCGCUUCAUCAUCCUGCCCACUGUCAGCCUGCGGGUGCAGCAGAUGCACCCGGACAGAUCAUACGGCACGGCACCAGGCCUGGUGGGUGAAGAGGAGGUCAUACAGCAGAGCAAGAAGACGCUGUUCUGUGUACAGCUGCUGGCUGUCAUCUUCUGGGUGCUGUUUGUGAUCACCUGCGUGGUUGGCGUGGUGUUUGGGCCACAUUUCUUGAACGGGAAACUUUAGUAGGUAACAGGAUUUAUCUCUUGUUAUGAAGUCGUGAUAUACUUUACAGGAAACCACUGUAGAAAACAUAGGUUGACACGUUCAAUUUUAGGGCACAUAAAAUGCAGAUUGCUUUUCAGUUAUAUUUUUAUGAAUAUAUUUUGGACCACUGUCGGUCCUACUCGCCCUGUAGUUGUGGGACCAACUCAAAAUCAGAUUUUUGAAAACUCUAAUACCACUAUUUCUACCAAGCCUUAUUCACUGUACUGCACAUUUGUCCUGCUCUCACCAAUAAUAGACUGAUGAAGAGUUCCCCCUAGUGGUUCAUUUGGAAAUGGGUGAACUGAGCUCAUAGCUGUAAUAUUUAUUAUUUUAAAAAACUUAACAUUGCCUUCUGCUCUCGGAGGUGUUGUCAUUUUAUCAUUCAGGUCCAUGUUGUUUGCAGUUUUUCCCUGUCACUGUUUAAUAAUGUCAUUAUACAGCUGAUGACUGUACUGCUAAUAAAUAAACUGAAUAAAGCCAGCUUAUGUAACACAUUUGCACUGUGGCAGGUGUGUAUAUUUAGAAAAUGACAGGAAAUUGGGGCAGCUAAAUA